UCCCCCUUUCCGGUCUUGCCCUUGCGCCCAUUGGUCUUGGAGCGGAGACCGGAGCCAAAAACCCCCAAAUACUCCCAACCCCUCCGCCUCCCUUGCCAGCCAUUGCUGCAGCGGCAAGCCUCCAUCGUCUCGCCCCUUCCCUUCGCGGCCAUUGUCGCCGCCUCCGCUUCAUCGUCCUCCUAACCUGGACUCGCCGUAUUCGAGCGCCGCCGCCGCCGCCGCGGAGGGGCCGCGCGAUGGACGACGCAUUCCCAGCAGACUGUGAGAUAUGUGGCAGUGGACAGAAUCAAGAUUGUAUGGUAAAAUGCAUUCAGUGCAAUGGCUAUCAACACCGUUAUUGCUUAAUGGUGGCGCCAUUGGAAAUGGGAGGUGGAUGGUGUUGCUCUGAAUGCCAGGAAAAGGCUAAUGGGAACCCAAAACCUAUUCAAGGUGGAAGUAAAACUCUAAUGCUGGAUAACAAUCGGAGCAUGGCCCACCAAAUUGGUGUUAAAACACCGCAGAUAUAUGAAAAUUCUAAAGUGAAAUUCAUUCCCUGUGAUGAGGCUGCACUGUUGACUAAAGAGAGGCCUGCAGCUCGUAGAAGGACAAAAUUUGUCGUGCAGCGCACAUAUAGUCAGAUCCGUCCUGUAUAUCCUCCAAACAUGAAAUGCAUAUCACCAUGUAGACAGGUUCGCCCUGAAUCGCCUCCAAAUGUGAAACCAUCAUCCAGUAUGAAGUCCAUACUUCCAAGUAGACAGGUUGGUCCUUCAUCUCCUCGAAGUAUGAAACAGAAGUGUGCAUCUCCCAGUAGGAGUGAUAAUCAAGUAUUAUCCUUGAGACCAUGUGUUGUCGCAAGUCAAAACCUGAUAAAAGCUGAUGAUAUAAACAGGAGACAAAAAGUACAGUCAGGGGCAGCGAUUCCUAUGGUUCCACAAAAUACGAAAAUAGCAGUUAAAGAAAAUGUUCAUCUGGUUCGGCUUAAGGAAGAGAAGGUAGAACAUGGAGAUAAAGGAAAACGAAAAUCCAGGGUAGAAUGUCAGCCUAGAGAGGAAAAUGCAUUCAAUGCUUCAGUUGCUAAUAUUGGAUGCCAGUCUGGAUCAAAGAGUCUGCACCACAAUAUAGACAUGCCAGUGAUCAUCAGCUCAAGUGUGGAGUAUGCACGACGCCCUCCACCAGAGGCGAUCUGUUGGAGGGGACACAUUGUUCUUUCCAAUGGAGAAAAUCGUAACCUUGGUGAAUUUAAAGCAUACCACCCAGCUAGAGUAUCACCCCGAGUUUGGAAUAUUGCGAAAAACAUGUCUAGUAACCUACAACUGAAGAUAUUGCCUCGAAUGAAGUACUGGCCAAAGACGUUUGAACAAAUAUGUCCAGUUUAUGAUGACGUUGCCUUGAUAUUUUUCUCUGCGGAACUUGACUGUUGGAAGCGUCAUCAUCUCUUCGAGGCCUACUGUGGUUUUGUCAUGAAGGCAUACAUUGAUGACAUGAUGUUGUUGAUAUAUUCCUCAGAAGUACUUCCACCUGAUGCUCAGUGGAUAGACGGAGAGAACUACUUAUGGGGUGUUUUUGUGAAGCCAAAGCCAAAGAGCAAUCCUGUGACAUGACCUCUUGGUUUCCUUGGUAAUGAUCAGUAAGAGGCAGUAAAUUCUAGAGAUGACAGAGGACUCUCGAUUAUAUGCAGUACUCACAUCAUGGCACAGAGGCAAAGAAUUUGGUUGAUCCACUUGAUCUCAUUACUAAAGGAAGCUCGAAUUUGCUGGGCAUUGACAAUUUGUAAACUGUUACUAGUAUCCAUUGUCUACCAUUUUUUUACUAUGUAUGCCUGAUCUGUUGUGAGUUGUUGUGAAAUGGAGAAUGUUCAAGGUAUAUUGGGGUAAAAUGGAUGACCAUCCGAAAA